AUGAACUCUAUUACUGACAUGGCUGUCCAUCCGUUAGUCAGCCAGAAGCCAAGAUUCAGUUCGUUAUCUAAAAGAACUUUUAAGUCCGCCAAAAUUGAGAAAGGUUAUGUGAAUACCACCAACCCUAACAACAACAAUAAUAAAUUGUAUAAGACGGGUAUUAACGAGGUACUGAAGAAAAAUGGAUAUCAAGUGCACGGACGACAUAUGCAGCCGAGACUAAAGAGUAGACAUCUUGAGGCAAAAAGACAACCAGCCCAUCUACCUUAUGUCAAAGGAGUAACCGACAAGAUUGGCCAUGUACUACGUAAUUACCCUGUGCCGACAGUAUAUGCUCCUAGAUUAAAGGUAAAUAACAUCGUGGGAACGCCGAAGGAUGUUUUACCAUUACAAACACCUGGCGUGUAUAAGAUUGAGUGCAGUUGUGGUCGUUGUUACAUUGGUCAGACGAAACGAACAAUAACUGAAAGAGUCCGUGAACACAUCACAGCUGUAAAAAACCGCCAGGUAAAUAAAUCGGCGAUCGCAGAACACUUACUGGAAAGAGGCACAAACCACUAG